UUAUGCAACAGUCCUGCUGAGGCUGAGCAGACGGUGAAAAUGUCCACCAGGUACCACCAGGCAGCAAUAGACGGUUAUUUGGAUAUUCUAAAAGAAGCCACAAGAAAGGAUGUUAAUACAACUGAUGCAGAUGGCAUGUCACCCCUUCUCUUGGCAGCAUAUCAUGGACAUUUGGAUGUCUUGGAGGUUUUGUGCAACCGAGGUGGGGACCCAAACAAAAGUGACAUCUGGGGAAACACACCAUUGCAUCAUGCAGCUGAAAAAGGACAUGCAAAUUGUGUGGCCUUCCUGGUUAAUUUCGGAUCAAAUAUUUUUGCUCUGGACAACAAACACCAUUCACCACUGGAUAUGGCCAACCUAAAAGGCCGCACAGAUUGUGUCAGAAUUCUGGAUGAAGCAGCUAACAAACAGACAUCUUUGAACCCUAAGAGGGUAGCUAAGUUAAAAGAACAAGCCUUGAAAGAUGCUGAAAGGAAAGUCAAAGAGUGUGAGAAGAUCCAAGAUAAACACCAGACUGAGAUGAACAAAACUUUCAACAGAAACAAGACUGGAACAGUCAAUUCAGCAAAGGGAACCCUGUCAGGUUCUGUAGGUGCUCGCUUUUCCACUCCCUCUACUAUAAGUAGUUUGUCCAAAGGGUUAAGGGACACACUACAGUUAAAAAUAAAGAAGAAAGAUAAAAAUACAAUUGAUCAAAACACAGUAACUAACAUCAUUCUUGCCAAAGAUGAAAGUAGUGGAGGCCAUCGUACCAAGGUCACAGAUGUUUUUAGUGAAAGUAAUGAAGGUAUGGCUAUGGAAGAAGGAAAGCAGUCUAUCUUUAAUCGGCCGGGACUUGGGAACAUGGUUUUCAAGAGAAACCUAGCAAUGGGAAUCAACACUGAUUUUGGAGGCAAUUUCACAGCUGAAGAUGAGCGGACAUUAAAAGUUAAGAAUGCAUUGUUUGCUGCAGAUGACAAGAAUGAAAUUGAAGAUGACGGUGAAAAUAUUAACAUAGCUUGGAAUGAUGAUGAUGAGAUGGAAAUAGAUGAGGAAGAAGAAAGUUCCCCUCUCAAGGUCUUUCUGGAAUCUUAUAAUUUGCUGGACCUUCACGUCACACUUUUGAGAGAGAAGAUAGACUUAGAUUCUCUUCUUCUAUGUUCUAAUGAAGAUCUGCAGAGCAUAAACAUACAACUUGGUCCGAGAAAGAAGCUCCUGAGUGCAGUAGAAAAAAGAAAUCAAAUUCUGAAAAAUCCAGGAAAGAUAACAGACACUAAGUUAUGAAGUUGUAA